GACUGCAAUAGACACAGGCCAUAAAACUCCAGCUCCCCGACUGAAGUGUUAAUCUUGGGGGUCUGACAUUUCUUCCCAUCUACUGUGGCCCCACCAGGAUGAUCCCCAAGGAGCAGAAGGAGCCAGUGAUGGCUGUCCCCGGGGACCUUGCUGAACCAGUCCCUUCACUGGACCUGGGGAAGAAGCUGAGCGUGCCUCAGGACCUAAUGAUAGAGGAGCUGUCUCUCCGAAACAACCGCGGAUCCCUCCUCUUUCAGAAGAGGCAACGCCGGGUGCAGAAGUUUACCUUUGAGCUAUCAGAAAGUUUGCAGGGUAUCCUAGCGGGUAGUGCCCGAGGGAAAGUGGCUGGCCGAUCGAAGCAGGCAACGGUUCCCAAUGGCUUAGAGGAACAGAACCACCACUCCGAGACGCACGUGUUCCACGGGUCACCUGGGGACCCGGGGAUCGCCCAUCUGGGAGCAGCGGGGACUGGGUCGGUCCGUAGUCCAAGCGCCCUGGCACCAGGCUAUGCAGAACCCCUGAAAGGCGUCCCACCGGAGAAGUUCAACCACACCGCCAUCCCCAAAGGCUACCGUUGCCCCUGGCAGGAGUUCAUCAGCUACCGAGACUACCCGAGUGGCAGCAGAAGUCACACUCCCAUCCCCCGCGACUAUCGCAACUUCAACAAGACCCCCGUGCCAUUUGGAGGACCCCACGUGGGGGAGGCCAUUUUCCACGCAGGCACCCCCUUUGCCCCGGAGUCCUUCAGUGGCUUGGAACUUCUCCGCCUCAGACCCAAUUUCAACAGGGUUGCUCAGGGCUGGGUCCGGAAGCUCCCAGAGUCUGAGGAGCUGUAGCCUCAGCCUGGAGCUACAAUUCCUUGGGCUCGAGGCUCAAGAAACAUCAUGCCUGUCUUGA